GUUAGGUUUUAGGGGUUAAGGUUAGAGUAAGGGUUUUAGGGGGGUUAGGGUAAGAGUUAGGGCUAUCGAUUAGCACUACGGUAGCCUAACUCGACAAAGUAGCUCAACUCGACAGAACACCGACCGGCCGAUCGUCUGUGCAGCAGGGUGCGGGGCGCUUUGUGCUUGUUACCGGGACGCGCCACUUUAGACCCCAGAUUUUGGCAAUGCUCUUUUUAACGACAUAACCGCACCUCGAAAAGACUAUUCCUUCACAUGAAUUUUGUACAAAAUUAUGUGUACGGUUAUUACUUGAUUUGGAGACAAAGCGAACUCCUCACUUAUCGGACCAAGACUUAUGAGACCAAACACUUCUGUCUAGAAAAUCCGUCCCCUACUUCCGGUCUCUGGUCCAUUUUGACUGAUGCACUUCCGGUGCACGUUCAAACAUGGCAACCUCCCGUCUGGAAAUAAAUUUUAUUAGACUUCUAUCUCGGUGUGAAUCUAUAGCAUUGGAGAAGCGGGUGGAAACCGAAUGGAGGCUGGAAAAGUAUGUCGGUGCUCUGGAAGACAUGUUGGCCGCCUUAAAGAAAAGUUCGUGCAAACCUGUAACAGAGGUUCUAACAGACUACAGUCGGAAAGUGGACUUCCUGAAAGGGCUACUGGAAGCUGAGAAACUGGCGUCCCCGACAGAAAAGGCCGUGGCCAAUCAGUUCCUGGCGCCGGGCCGGAACCCCACCAUAGCCAGCGAGAGGAUGCCGGCCAGUAAGACCGUGCACAUGCAAGCUAAGGCCCGCUGCACCGAGGAGAUGAGGGGGGAGCUGAUGGGUGAGGGCACGACAAAAAAGGGUAUUUCUGGAACAGAAGUAAGACAUCGAAGCAGUUUGCCUCUGGACGAGCGGCAGUCAGCAGCUGAGCUGGACGCCGUCCUGCAGCACCACCACAACUUGCAGGAGAAGCUGGCGGAGGACAUGCUGAGCCUGGCCCGUAAUCUGAAGAACAACACCCUGGCAGCACAGAGCAUCAUCAAGCAGGACAACCAGACACUCACACAGUCCAUGAAGCAGGCAGACCUGAACUUCGAGAAGCUGAAGACGGAGUCUGAGCGCCUGGAGCAGCAUGCCAAAAAGUCCGUCAACUGGUUCCUGUGGCUCAUGCUGGUGCUGGUUUGUUUCACCUUCAUCAGCAUGAUCCUCUUCAUCAGGCUUUUCCCUAGGCUCAGAUGAUGCUCUCCCCCUUCCCCGCCUUGUCAUCCGCACUUCCAGGGUACCUUUCAGCUACUUGGGACCCACCCCUGCUUAGCUGGGUCUGGUUUGGUAUCUCUCCUAAUAACCCAGCUGGCUCUGAAUUUGGUCCUGGCCAAAUUUGGUCCUCAGCACAGUUCAUCUGUGUUCUAACUACAUUUUGCCCCACAUUUAAGUGUGAGUUGGCUCUGCUUUAAUCAGCAGUGACUGUAAUUGACCAGCGUGGUGGGGGGUGGUUCUCUACUCCUGUUGCCAUGGCUUCCUCGGUCCCCCUGGUAUCAUUACACUAAAUCGCUGUUCCUGAAACCCAUGGUAACUGAGCUGGAGAUUUGAAUGAGAGAUGGGUGAUUAUAGGGGGGUUGAUCUGUCCGCUGUGUCAGAGCUGCAGAAGCCUGCAGACAGAACACUGUAAUUCUGGCAGUCUCUCUCUCUAAGGUGUCAUACAUGUUUGUCUGCUGGCUCAUUGCACAAACACAUGUCCUGCAUAUUACAGUUGCACAUGUAAGCCGGUUUGUGUUUUGUUAUAUGCAGAUUUGUCUGUAUUUGUUGGGAAAUAGGGGUUUGUCUAAAAGGAUGCUUUGGAUGUACAUCCCCCCAAAACCCUUUUCAACAACAAAGAGACCCCUCCCCAAUGUGGAGCCCUGUAUCCCAUGUUUUAUUAAAUUACUUCAUGACCA